AUGCUACUUCGGCUGCGUAGAGCUGCCCAUUUGCCUGCACUGUGUCAACACCUUGCCAGCGCCCAUGUGGAUCACUAUCAAUCGCGCGCUGGCACGAUUGACUACACUGUGGCUAUGUGUGGUGAUGGUGCGAACGACUGUGCAGCUUUGAAAGCCGCUCAUGCUGGAAUCUCACUUUCGGAUGCGGAAGCUUCUAUAGCAGCUCCAUUCACCUCUAGGAUCGCUGAUAUUCGUUGCGUUCCCACGGUUAUCCGGGAAGGUCGUGCAGCUUUGGUGACGUCAUUUGGAGUGUUCAAGUACAUGGCUGGCUACUCACUCACCCAGUUUUCCUCAAUCAUGCUACUAUAUUGGAUAUCCACAAACUUGACAGAUUUCCAGUUUCUGUACAUCGAUCUGUUCCUUAUUACCUUGGUAGCUGUUUUCUUUGGAAAUACUCCAGCAAGUGAUCAGCUUAGUUCGACACCUCCUCCAACUAGGCUGCUUUCUCUAGCAAGCGUGAUCUCAGUCUGUGGACAGCUUGCAAUAAUGGCAUUAUUUGUUUUCAUAUGGGUCACUUGGCAGCCAUGGUUUAUACCUUAUUCGGUUCCAGCUGGAGAGGAAACACAGGAUAAAAGAAGCAUGCAGGGUACCGCCUUGUUUUGCACGACAACGCUUCAGUACAUCACUUUGGCGCUGAUUAACAGCAAAGGCGAACCAUACAGAAAAGCUAUAUUCUUCAACUUACCUCUUUGUCUCACCUUGGUGGUUUACGAUCCGAUCCCAUACUUUGAGAAUCGCCUUUUCCUCGUUUUUGUGGCUCUGAUCUGUGCCGUUGUUUCGUACCUUUUCCAGUAUGCUGUUGUGGAGUUUCUGAUACUGGAACUGAGAGAAAAGUGA